UUCCUCUUCUCUGCCUCCGUCUGCUCAACUCACCGUGGAGCUGGGGCUGGUCUCGAACUCCUGAUCCUCCAGCCUCUGCUGCUCCAAGUGCUAAGAUUAACUGGUGUGUGUUGCCACACUCGGCUUCAAAGAAGAUUCUCUUCAGCUCCAGUACCAGUGUGAGGGUUCUCCAUGACCUACCCGAGUGUAGUUACUGGCUCCUAGAACCUACAUAUAUUCAACUUUACAAGUCAGUGCCAAAAUGUUUCUGUCAGAGUCUCUAACACAUCCUUUCCCCUUAGAGUACACAUCCCCCCACUUAAGCUAGUUUGAGUGGGUUUCUAUUGCUUCCAAUCAAAAUGAAUUUUAACCUACCUGAGCCAUCAAAACCGACUACGGGAUGACAGCCGUGUCUGUGAUAUUUCUCCUGAGAGAUCCCUACUCCAACAGCUGCCAUCUGCAGUGGUUUCCAGACUCGUGUGGAAAUCUGUCACACCAACAGCAUUGAAAGGUGAGGUCUGUUAGAGGUGACAACGUCAUGAUUAUGUCACCAUCACGAAUGGCUGAAGGUGUCUGAGUGGGAGUGAAGUAGUUAUUGGAGGAGCAGAGGCCUGAGAGUCUCUUCCUUCACACACACAGACGCCCUCUGCUGUUGCUGCUCAGUAAGGAAGUCCAAGAUCCUGCUUAGGAGCUCACCUGUCAUCUCAGCAGUUGGAGGCAGAGGCAGGAGGAUCAGAGCUUUGAGACCAGCUUCAAAUACACAGUCUGUUUGUGUAGCCCGGGCUGGCCUAGAAGAACUCUGCCUCCUCCUGAGUGUUGGGAUUAAAGGUUCGUGUGAGAAUAUGCUUGCGAGUGGGAGUACAGACGCCAUGACAUAUAUGUGGACAUCGGAGGGCACCAUUAGGAAUUCUUUCCUUCUACCACAUGUGGGUGAGUUCCAAGAUUCGAACUUCGGUUGUUGGGUUUGUCAGCAAGCACCUUCACUCACUGAGCCAUCUCCCUGCUCCAGCUGGGUCAUUUAAACCCUUUGUCAUCCACAAUGGUAUUCAUGCAUAGUGAUUGCUCUGAAUGAGAUGCAGCCCUCUUUCUCCCAGGGGUGAUAUCACAUGGGCAGCAAUCUCCUUUUUUCUGGGCUGCUGGAAAAAUGUCGAAUCAAGGUUGUGAGAUCUAAAAGGAGGGUUUCUUUUACUAAUCAAAACGUAUCAGUGGAAAUUUUAAAACGAAAAAAAAAAAGAAAGAAAGAAAGAAAGAAAGCCAACUUUUCUUCCCACUGCAUUCCCAGAAUCCUUUGCAACAUGCCUGUUAGAACCCCUUUCACAUGGUGUCUGAAUUAUCGAUUUAACGUCUGGCUCUCUCAGAGGCUCGUGGAUUCCUCAAGGGCAAGGUGUUCUUGCAUUCUUCCUGGAAAGAUGUGUGAGAAGACAUUUAUUUUUCUACACUUUGGCUAGUGUCUGUGAACACGCGGUGAGGAGGUUUGUUAGUGGAGACGCUGAGCGUAGAGUCACACAAGUCAGUGAGAUGUGGAUGUGAGGAGUUGUAUGAGUGAGAUUUUCAUGGAGUGUGAAGCUGGAGUGAGUGAGGAGUGUCCUGAUUGCAUUGGGACCUGGAAGUUGGUGACGGUUUCUCUCUAGGCCUAUAUAUUAAAUCUGUGUCUGUCACACUACACUCUGAGUGUGCUGCCUUUAGACUCCCCCAGUGAGGGGCUGGGGGCGAGGCUCAGUGGUAGAGCCCCUGCCUAGAAUCUCCCAGUGAGGGGCUGGGGGCGUGGCUCAGUGGUAGAGCCCCUGCCUAGAAUCCCCAGUGAGGGGCUGGGGGUGUGGCUCAGUGGUAGAGCCCCUGCCUAGAAUCUCCCAGUGAGGGGCUGGGGGCGUGGCUCAGUGGUAGAGCCCCUGCCUAGACUCCCCCAGUGAGGGGCUGGGGGCGUGGCUCAGUGGUAGAGCCCCUGCCUAGAAUCCCCCAGUGAGGGGCUGGAGAAUGGUUUGGGGGUAGAGUGCUUGCUUAACACAUCUGUGACCCUGCACAGCACAAGGGGAAAGACAGCAAUAGCAAAAGCACCACAGACUGGAUGACCAGCGUCUUUCCCUCCGCCUGCAUGUGUGUAGGGUCGGGGUGCUGUGCCAUGGCCUUCUCUGUGGUUCCUAUGGGGGCGUCAGUGUGAAUCAUGUUCUUGUCCCUUCCCAGGUCUCCACACCCUGUGUCUUAUGUUCCUGGAACCCUUCUGGGUAGAUGCAGACUGUACCACACUUUGGUAUCUUUGGCUCUGUGCCCAUAGAGCCAAGAGUGGGGCUCCAUGACCCUGAAGUCCAGAAGGUGCUCUGGGAAGCUAACAGCUGGAGAUUAGAUUUCAGGAAUCAUGAGACUGGAAGGAGGGAUCAAGACCAGUGUGUGCUCUGGGGCAGGGCCAAGCUCUCAGCCUCGCACUAAAACGGUGCCGACACCCAAGCUGACCCGCAGGUCCCCGCCUCAGGCCCCGCACAGUUAUACACACAAUUUCGUAUCUAUCCCACAUUUUCUAUUAGGUAUUCGUAGUAUAUUGAUAAAUAACGAUGGAAUGGGUUGUUUGUAGUGGUUUAGCGACAUUACAAAUGACAUCGUUGAUUAAUAUUAUCGUCUAUGAUUUCACAAAGGCCAAGAAGAAACUGGGGCUCAGAAAGAUUAAGAGCCCCUGCUCAAAGUCACUCAGAAAGUACACAGCAGAGGACAGAUCCGAGCUCCAGAGCUGGGAAGACGGCUCAGUGAGUAAAGGGCUUGCCUUAUAGGCAUGAGGACAGGGGUCCUGGUGUGCAAGCCUAUGACCUUAUUACUGUGGGUGCAGGGGCAUGAAGGAGAUGGGUGUGGACCCAGGAGAGCUUGCGCCGUAGUCAAUUCUGUUACGUUUGGCUUUAUUGAAAUUAUAUUUAUUAUUACUGUUUGUAGGUACAUGAGGUGGGGGAAGCGGGAGGAGGCCAUAGGAGACCAUUGUGGAACUGGUGUGUUUUUUCCUUUCACCUUUAUGUAAGUUAUGUGCAUAUGUGUAGUGUGUGCACAUGUGCAUGUGUACAUGGAGAGGUCAGAGGUCAACUUCCAGUGCUGUCCUCAUUCACACUUUAUUUUUUUAUUUUUUUUUUUUUGCUUUUUUAAAAAAGUGUCUCAUUAUGCAGGCCUGGAUGGCUGCCCAGAACUUGUUAGACCAGGCUAGCCUCAGACUCACAGAUAUCCACUUGCCUCUGCAUCCCGAGUGCUGGGAUUAAAGUGAACAUCACUGUUCAGCUCUCUAUUUGUUUUCCUUUUUAAAAAUUUUAAUCAUGGGGCUGGGGAUUUAGCUCAGUGGUAGAGCGCUUACCUAGGAAGCGCAAGGCCCUGGGUUCGGUCCCCAGCUCCGAAAAAAAGAACCAAAAAAAAUUUUUUUUAAUCAUUUGCUCUACAUGUAUGGGUGCCCCAUGUGUGUACCUAGUACCUGUGAAGACCAGAAGAUAGCACUGGAUCCACUAGAAUCGGAGCUACAGGCAACUGUAAGCCAUCGUGUGGGUUCUGGAAAUCGAGCCCAGGUCCUCUGGCAGUGCUCUUAACUGUUGAGCCGUUCUUCCAGCCUCCAUCCACUUAUUUUUGAAACGGGGUCUUUCAGGAACCUGGGGGGUCACCAGUUCAGCUAGUAUGCCCACUGGCGAGCAGGGGCUCUACUUGUCUCUGCCUCCCCAGCCCCGGGCUCACAGUUCUACUUUAACAGUGGCUAUUUCCAUCGGUGCUGGGAUCCAAACUCCGGUCCCUGUGUUUGCAGGGUUUUCGUACGUGGUGGUGCUAGAGAUGAGCCUCUCACACGUGCUAGGCUCACCCUCCAUCACUGACUUCCAUUCCAGGCACUAAAACACACUAUCAAUCAGUGUUGAAAAAAGUACUGCCCAUUUUCCAGGCAAAGAAACUGUGUGGAGUGGCGGUGCAUGUCUGUAACACAGCACUAGAGAGGCAGAGACAGGAGGAUGACUGUAAGUUCCUACCUCAGAAAACUAAAAGAGGAGGAGGGGGGAGAAGGAGAGGGAGAGGGAGAGGGCGAGGAAGAAGAAGAAGAAGAGGAGGAGGAGGAGGAGGAGGAGGAGGAGGAGGAGGAGGAGGAGAAGGAGAAGGAGAAGGAGAAGGAGAAGGAGAAGGAGAAGAAGAAGAAGAAGAAGAAGAAGAAGAAGAAGAAGAAGAAGAAGAAGAAGAAGAAGAAGAAGAAGAAGAAGAAGAAGAAGAAGAAGAAGAAGCAGCUUUAUGGAUGGCUGUGGUGGCACACACCUAGAGGAAGGAGGGAAGGAAGGACAGAAGGGAUGGAGGAGGGAGAGAGGAAGAGGAGGAAGAAGAGGUGGAAAGGGGGAAGAAGAGGAGGUGGAGGAGGAAGAAGAGGGGGAAGAGGAGGAAGAAGAGGGAAGGCCUCCAGUUGUGGCUGAAGUAUAGCUAGACUGAGGCUGUGGGUUCUAUACCCAGAACCACACACAAACAUAACUCCAGCCUUUGAGGGAAGGGUGAGGGCAGGGGACCCCUGUCCUCUCCUCUGCUUGUGCUUCCCUGUGGAGGGAGGGGUGGAAGCAGAGACUCAUCUCUUUUUGUCAGUUUGUAGACGCUCCUUACAUGAUAGUCUAGAAUUUGGAAGCCCUUUCUAACUCACUAAAUUGCUUAUUUAAUUAAGUUACUAUCCUUAGCCCUUUGGGUUCUACAAACAGUCUUUCUUUCUAGCCCAGGUUGGCCCACAGCUCCCUCUCCUCCUACCUCAGGUUCCUCAGUGCUGGGAUUUGAUGUCUGUGCCAACAUUUUCAGCUGCCUUUCCCUUUAUCUUUCUCUUCCCUUUUUAUGUGCCCAUGUGCAUGUGUGUGGCAUAUGCACAUAUGUGUGGGAUAUGCAUUAGUGCGCAUGCGUACACAGAGGCCAGAGGAGGACCGGUCUAUCUAUUCUGAUCCAUCACCAAAGUGUCCUCAAGACGUGGGGUCUCUCACUGAACCUGGAGCUAGCUUGCCAGUCAGCAAGUCCCAGCCAUCCUCCUGCCUCUGUCCUCUGCAGUGCUGGUGUUACAGAUGCACAGGGCAACAUUCCCAUGGGUGCUUGGGGCUCAGAACUCAGGUUUCCUUGCUAAGCCACCUCUCCAGACCUGACUUUUCUUAUUAAAAACAUUUGAUUUAUUUUUUAAUUAUGUGUAUGCACGUAUGUCUCUGUGGGUGUAUGUGUGUGUGAUUGCAAGGUGCCCAUAGAGGCCAAAAGUGAUUUGUCCCCUGCACUACAGUCUUCUUCAAGGAUCUAAACCUCUUGAGUCAUCUCCUAUCUGUCUACCUACCUAUCUACCUACCUAUCCAUCUAUCUAUCUAUCUAUCUAUCUAUUAUCUAUCUAUCUAUCUAUCUAUCUAUCUAUCUAUCUAUCUAUUAUCUAUCUAUCUAUCUAUCUAUCUAUCUAUCUAUCUAUCUAUCUAUCUCCCAUUCACCCAAGAUCCCAAAUACAUCCCAAGGUAGCCUCCAACUUGCUUUGUAGCUAAGGGUAGCCUUGAGCUCCUGAUCCCCCUGCCUCUACCUCCUCAUUCCUCUCCCUACCACAGCUACUCUGUAAACACCAGCAAAGGAUCAAAUCCCAGGCUUCCUGAGUGCUAGGCCAACACUCUGAGUAACAUCUCCAACCUCUUGACUGUCUUAUACCAGUCAGACUCCAAGACAUAGAGUCUUAUUUCCAUCUUGUAUUUACUGUUCAGUGAUGUGAGGUUUUCCCACGCUGAUCAGUGAGGUUUCUGGCGCCUAGGGCAAGGGGGCGGGUCCUUGUUCCUCCUCACUCUUUAUCUCACAGCUUCUCUCUUCCCAUGGGUCAGAUACAUAAAUGCAGCUCAGAUCUCUCCGUUGUCCAUUGUCACCAUGUCCCCGCUGUGCCUGCUGUUGCUGGCUUUAGCCCUGGUGGCUGUCCCCGGUGCCCGAGGCGCUUGUCCAGUGCCCGCAGACCUGAAGAAGUCAGAUGGGACGCGCACGUGCGCCAGGCUCUAUGAGAACAGUGACCCCUACUAUGACAACUGCUGCCAGGGGCCUGAACUGUCUGUGGAUCCAGGCACCGACCUGCCCUACCUGCCCUCGGACUGGUCUAACUCGGCAUCUUCUCUGGUAGUGGCCCAGCGCUGCGAGCUCACCGUGUGGUCUCUCCCUGGUAAACGUGGCAAGACACGCAAGUUCUCUACGGGUAGCUACCCUCGACUGGAAGAGUACCGCAAAGGCAUCUUUGGAACCUGGGCCAAGUCCAUCUCUGGCCUCUACUGCAAGUGCUAUUGAUGCCUUGAGGGUCUGUCGUCUCUGAUUCUGCACAGUGCUGAGCCUUACCCAGUCUGUCCUUGGGGAUUGCUCUGACCCCAAGAGCCAGGAGGCAAGAUGGCCCCAUUACCUGCUAUCAGAGCUUCCCUAUAAUACAGCCCUGGUGAAGUUAUAA